AAUCCUUCGACAACGUGACUUCCUAUAGGCUGGCCGCUCGUGGGGCACGCGUGACACGCACGCGCUGGUGAUGGGAAUGUGACGCUUGCGCCGCCAGCGGAGCUGAUGUCUGGGUCCGUGUCUCUGGAGGUGUUCGGUGAAGUGCCAAAUGGAACCCCCGCACGCGCCACCUCACCCUGCGUGUUCGGAGAUUAGCCGGGGGCCGCGCGCGCACUCCGCCUCGCGCCCAUGAACUUUUCGGUCCUCCGCGCGCCGCUCCAUCCUGCUCGCGGACCAUGUCGUCGACGCGCAGAUGCAGGACUCUUCUGUCGGUGACUCUGAACUUCUUCGCGCUGCUCUUCUCCAUAACCGCGUUCAUAACCACGUACUGGUGCGUGGGGACGCAGAGAGUCCCCAAACCCAAGUGCAGCAAGCUGCGGACGCACCAGUGCAUCGACUACGGGGUGAACGAGACGGACCCGAACAAGGUGGUUUACAGCUGGGAGACCGGGGACGACCGCUUCCUCUUCCGCCAGUUCCACACGGGAAUCUGGUCCUCGUGCGAGGAAAACAUCCACGAUGAAAGUGAGAGGUGCCGAAGCUUCAUCGAUCUGGCCCCCGCGUCGGAAAAAGGGAUGCUGUGGCUGUCGGUGAUUUCUGAGAUGCUGUACAUCAUCCUGCUGGUGGUGGGCUUCAGUCUGAUGUGUUUGGAGCUGGUCCACUCCAGCAACGUCAUUGAUGGGCUCAAGCUCAACGCCUUCGCUGCCGUCUUCACCGUGCUCUCAGGUCUUCUCGGCAUGGUGGCUCAUGUAAUGUACACACAGGUGUUCCAGGUCACCGUCAGCCACGGGCCUCCUGAUUGGAGGCCUUACAACUGGGACUACGGCUGGUCCUUCUGCAUCGCCUGGGCAUCCUUCACCUGCUGCAUGGGCGCCUCCGUCACCACUCUCAACUCCUACACCAAGACCGUCAUCGAGUUCCGGCACAAGCGCAAGACCUUCGAGCAGAGCAUCCGCGAGGAGGACGCACGCGAGGCGUUCGGAUACUUACGGGAACACUCGGUGCACUCGCUCUCCAAGUCCGUGGAGGUUUACUCCAGCCAGAGCCUGCAGGGCGGCAGGAAGACCCCCAUUCCUGCAGACUCCCUGGACCUGAGCGACAUGACAGCAUCUUUGGGCGAGGAGCAGUGCUGAAUGUGACGGUGUUCGUCUGAGAUGGAGGCGCCGGUGUUGAUCUCUGGCCGGGGCUCAGUGUGGGAACAGUCUCAGCUCCAGUGAAAGCAUCUGAACAACUGCCUUAACAGAACGGGACACCAGAGAUACGCUGGGAAAGCGAAAAGGAAAGACUGAGCACUGUUUGUGUAACCUGCCACCAUGUAGAAUGGAGAGAAAAUGUGAAGAUCACCAGUACAAAUAAAGGGAAGGUUCUUUCAAAUGCUAAUGGCCUUAUUAAUGUCACACAUAAACAAUAAAUCAAUGCAAAAAUAUUACUUUAAAUAGUGUUAAUAAACUGUAACAUAAAACAAUGAAUGCUUAUUGCGGAUGAUGUGCCUACAAAUAGAAACUGUGAAUAAGCUCAGUGUAUGUGUGCACAGCAUAAUUAUGUAAACCUGGAAAAUGGAUGCUAAUAAAUAUUUACACACUGAAGCUUUUUGUAGCCUGAUGGACAGCCAGGAUACGACCACGUAAUUUUACUGUCAUUUUUAUGUCAUGCUUCAAUUGGAGGAAAAUAAAGAUGCAGUUUAGUAA